CAGUCUCGUAGGAGUCUGUCCCUCUUCUUAUCCGUCUCAAACUUGGAGGCAAGACAUCAAUCUCGGAUCCAUUCAUACUUGUUGAUCAACAUAACCUCGGCGCGCUUCACUGCUCGUCCCGCGCGUCCUGAGACAGCAAACACUCAAGAGGAUCAUAACAAAUCAAUAACAGCUUAUUUUGGGUAUGGCUACUCAGCAUAGCCGCCCGGGAACUCCCUCGCGACGCGUCUUAGGUGACUUGCCUCCCAAAGCCAUGAAUUCGCCCUCGAAGCCUAAGCAUCUCGAGUCUGAACUCGCUCGAGCACAAAGCCCACUGAAGCAGCUGCAAGCCACCGCCCCAACUGCACGAGCCCUCGCCGGCAAGGAAAACGUUAUAAGGACUGACGCGUUCCCCCACGGAAGGAAGAGAAGCAUCACCGAAGUGGACGACGCGGAGAAGGUUCCUACCGCGAAGAUGGUCGCAUUCGAGCGCGACACCCCCCAACACGACGCGAUUGCCCAGCUCACCACCGCCGCAGUGCAGCGUCACACAUCCAACAAUCCCGUAGGUCUCGCCGAUCCCGGUUCUCCCACCGAGCGCGCAACACCCACACCUUCACCACCUCCCCCCGAGCCGCAAUCGCAGCCCUUUCCCGACUCGCAGAAGUCGUUCUCCGAGUUCCUCGACUACGGUCUCUGCGCCUCCCAACAGAGCGAAUACGGGACCGCAAUCCCCGCGCCGGCGCCCAAAACCCCAUCAAGCGCCCCAGCACCCAAGUCGCGCGCGCAGCUCCUGCGCACGCGUCUCACCUUUGCGAAAUACAAGGUCCGCACAAACCAAGUCUCCAAGCCCUCGCGUGAAGUCCUGUCCGACUACGAGCUCUCCUCGUCGCCCGACGCGCUGCGCACAUCCGCGUCUACCGCCGCCUACACCGCGUCCGCCGAGCAUAUGACUGCCACGAUGGCGACACCAGCGCAACGCGUGCCGAAUAUAACCAUCUCCUCGCCCACGCGCGCCCCGGUCUUCGUGAAAGCGAACCUCGACCCCUUCCGGCCGAUCGGGGCCCUUGGGCAGCCUCCCGUGAGCUUCGCGCCACCGAAUCAGAGCACAGGCAUAGAGUCGCGCGUUGUGGAAGGGUACGAGGUGGGCAGCUCGCCGCCGGUGCAGAGCGUGAGUCCUGCGGCGAUGAUGAGUCCCGUGCGGGGUGGGGAGAGCAAGCAUGAGCGGCUGGCACGGCUGAAGGAGCAGUCGUACAGGGAGAGUAGCAGUGUCCAGGGAAAUGCGGGGAAUGCGGCGAAGGGGCUGAUGGAGCUUAUGAGUGGGAGACGAUAGAAGAGGUAAGGGUAGGACUGGGCAGU